CUCCAUGCUGAGCCUCAUCUGAGAUUUUCCAUUUGAGUGUGGAACUCAUCACUUCCUUUGUUUUGGCAUACAUCAUAUUGAAUAUUACGACGACCAUACUUCUGUUUUGAUUUGCUGGGCCAUCAAACCAUCAAACAGGAAACCGAUCGAUUUGUGGGGCAGCUGCUUUCCUAUCAAACUUGUUUACUUUUCUGAAACUUUCCACCAGCCGCUGGCGUAUAUAAAUAAUGGAUCCUUAUCAGAAUUCACGAGUUUAUGGAUCUGUAAGUAUCCGUCUGAAAUUAAUACCCACCAGUUUAGUAAUGACUCGGAAAGCCCGUCCCAGAAAGAGUACAAACCCCUGAGGGAGCCGGUUCGAAUGCCUCGCCCCCACCCCCAAGCGUUCCAUACGUCGCUCGCCAAACUUCCUCUGCCAGAAGCCCAACAGUAGAUCAUCGAGGUCGAGACCGAGAUAUCCACCGGUCCCAUGUAGCACCUCGUCGAAACGAAUAUUUCCUCCCGAAAGAAGGUAUUGACAAGGAGGUUAUUCAGGCGGAUAUAGGUCGUUAUUUGGGCAAUGAUGCAUCAGUACGGAUUGGGAAUUAUCAGGACCCAACUACUCGCAUAGUGCGGCAAGGAUAUCUGAUCAAUGCGUACCGGAAUUUGACCACAGCCAUGAUAGAAGAUCUCAAGUCUGAUACUGAAAGAUGGAGAACAGAAAUGUCUUCUCCGACUUCGCGAGGACGAACCCCCACUAUCGAGUAUGGGUCGUCAACCACACAUCAGUCGAGACAGUAUUAUGGCCCAACAGAGGCUCCAAUAAAUCCAACUUCAGGAAACCCUUCAUCGGAACCGAGCUAUUCUACUUACUCAAAUCCAUCGUCGAAUUAUCCCAAUACUGCCUCAUAUGACCCAAGUUCAUCUGGGUAUCCUUCAGCGAGUACUGAUUCCACAUAUGGCUCGAACUCCAACACGGGCGGAUAUACAUAUACCAGAUCAUCACAGGAUUACAUAACUCCCCAAAAUCCAUCCGGGGCUCCAAACUACCCCAAUCCAACGUCCCCAGGCGAGUAUGGAGGACGUAGUGAUUACCCAUAUGGAUCUUCAACGGCUGCAAAUACCUCCGCAUACUACCCGUCGCAAUCAAAUCCAAUUUCCCUUUCUCAAUAUCAGCCUUCCCCGAAUGUUGGAGAUCCAUACUAUCAUAAUCGUGGACCCACGAGCAGUGGAUAUGAAAACAAUCGCGGUGAGGGUUACGAGAAUACUUACCAGGGACCAUCGCAGGGGCCGACACAGGAUUAUUCUCAGAUUCCGAGGACGGCGCCUGUGACGGGUUCAACGCAUCAGUCUUCGAGGAGAAGUGAUCGGGAUAGUGGUCAUAGGGAUUCGGAUCGGCGGGAUAGGCAUUCUCAUCAGAGUCGGCGGUAG